GUGAACUUGUUUGUUCUUCUUGUCUUGAUUUUGUAUUCCAAAUUUCUUUAUUUGCAAAAAGACAUCCUGGAAUUCAUUCGCGAUGUCCGAGAUGGAGGUAACAGAAAGCGCCAACGACUGUGCCAAUGACUUAAUGCUUUUGGACCGUGUAUUUCUUCGACUUGGUAAUGCGGACACUGACGACCAGCUGGAAAGCUGCCUCACUAGGUUUUUGCCUCCAGUCAUUUUAAAACUAUCAUCUCCUCAUGAACAGGUUCGAACUAAAGUGAUGGAAUUAUUGGUACAUGUAAACAAACGAGUGAAGUGCCGUGCUGAUGUACAGCUUCCUGUGGAAACAUUACUGAAGCUCUAUCGGGACCCUACUGCAAACAGUUUUAUUAUUAAUUUUUCAAUUAUAUACAUAACAAUGGGGUUUCCUAGAUUGCCUCGUGAUCAGCAGUUGAUUUUAGCAUCAUCAUUGUUGGAAGCACUAGAGAACAAACCUCAGGGACAUCAAGACUCGUUAUUGAUGCUUGUGAUGCCACUGUUAGGAGAUAUCAAGGAGAGCAAUUUAAAUCUGAAAGAGAAGCCGAAAGUAGCUUCCCUGAUACUGAAGUUUGCGACUGAUGUUCUUUUACUGCCUUACAGGGCUCUACCAAAUGCUGGAGAAAGUGAUUUCCAGGUACCGCCAGGAAUGAGCAUGAAAACAUAUAAAAGGAUUGUGGAUAAGACCCAAAUGAAUCCUAAUCAAUUGGAAGAGAUGAAGCUUUCAAUAGUAAACUUCAUAAGUAAAGAUAUAUUCAACAAUAACGAUAUUUUGCUGACUCUGAUCGUGGCCGCUGCCGAUUCUCGGUUUAGUGUUGCUAAUCACGCCAACAGUCCUCUGAUAAGGGUGAACAGCUCUGUGGAUUGGUCGCAGCCUGCAGUCGUGGCACCUCUUUAUUCAUUGUAUUUGGGUACCUGGGGAGGACUAAAAGUGCCACCAGAUGAUCGCAAGGUGCCUGCGUGCACAAGACUUCGUUUAAAACUGAUACAGUACCUGAACAAAGCAACUGGCCCCGCUAUCAUGUUUCCGCAUUGUGUUCAGGUGGUAUUUUCAUCUUUAUUUGAUCCUAAUACGAACUCGCGUCUCCGAAACAUGGCACUUAUGUUUUUGCUCAACGUAAUUAACAGUGGAGACCAGAGUCAACUAAAGAAAGUGGCGACAGUAUUUCUACAGGGCCUGCUCAAGUUAGUACGAUCAGAGGAGCACGCUGAACACCAGCCUAAGGCUUACAUGUGCUUAGGUAGACUGGCAAUGAAGUGCCCGGAGAGUAUCAAUAAUCAAUUUGCAUUACUUGAGGAACUCGUUAAGAAGAUUCCCGAGGCGCCGCCGGAGAUGAAGACAGCUCUAAGAGAUGCGAUUCUCGAGAUGGCAGUCGCUUAUAAAAUCACACCUAAAGAAACGCCUUCAGUGGCAUCCACAGCCGAAGGUCCAAGUACAUCGCAGAGCAGUAAGAUGGAAGUGGAUGAGCCAACUAGUCCGUUUGAUGAGCCACAAGCGUUGGCACUGUUUGCUUUGCUUGAUCACUACAUGCACAGCGACGAGUCUAUGAUACGAUAUGUGGCUAUGAGGUACUCGGCCACUGUGUUCCCGCAGGACUAUGUGCCCUCGAGAUACUUACUCCUACUAGCCAGUGGUGACAGUCAAGAUGAAAUAUCUACUGAAGCCCUAAAAUAUCUAUACGGCACUUCUCGUCCAAACGAAAUCGAGGAUGUAGUUAACAACGUAUCAAGGAAAGAGACAACAGUAGUCAAUAUAGAUGAAGAUACAUCAAAGAAAGAAAGGGACAGAACACAGGAAGUGGUCGAAUUUAAAGUGCCAAGAUUCAAGGAAGUAGUUAAUUAUAUUUGGGAGCAAAUACAGAAAAGGAAGAAGGGCUCUAAUUCUAAACAUAGAUUCGUGAUCGGUAAUCAAGUGUUGCAAUUUCAUCCGCUUACGUACCAGGAGAUUCUGAGGUACAUGCGUAUGACCUUGAACAAAGACGCAGAUCUGCAGGACUGUUCUAAUCACCCGAACGCGACCUCUCCCCUCCUAACGAAGUACUUCUAUGACAAGUUGCUCGAAACUGAAGUGCUGGAGAGAUACUUGACCAUGAUCACUACAAUACUGACUGCUAGUCCUGAAAUAAUGCCCCUAACCUGUUUUCUCGAUAUCGUCGGUUGUGUCCCAGAGAAAAUGUCGGGCAAAUAUUCCAGUUUACUCCCAUUCCUCAGGACUUUAUUUACGACCAGUACCAAGGAAGAGAUCAGAGAUACAGCCGCAGUGAUAUACGCGAUUAUCACAGUGAAUACAAGUGAGAAAUCGGCGAUAGAUAACGAGAUUACAGAGUUCGUGGCGCAGGGAAGAGGGAAUAAAAACUUGGAAACCCAGUGUGGGUAUCUGUGUGCGUUUGCGCACUUGUGUGAGAGAAGUAUUGUGAUGGCGAAGAAAGGGAAAUUUGGUGGCAAAGGUUUCAACGCUACAAACUGGGAACCUUUUAAAGAGGGUGUUUUAUGCUUAGUUAAUUACUUAAUCAAUCCUCAAACGCUUCUGGUCAGUACGUCUUGUUCAGCGGUGUCGUUACUCGCACGCUGCACUAGCUUACCGCUACCCAAUUCCACUACAAAACAAGACGCACUCAUGGAGACAGAUAAUCCAUUCAAUAUAAACAAGAGUGAUACAGAAGUUGUGGGCGAUGACGUCAUCACAAAAUUCACAGUAGCGGAUAAGUUGUUCAAAAUUGUUGGCAACGCGAAAUUACCGUCAAAGGUCAAAGAGAAAGCACUUUAUACGCUCGGCUUGUUAUGUUGCGGCGAGAGAUUUCCGUUCCCGAAGGAAAUUGUUAAAGGUUUCUUGCAGAUGGCUAAAGAUAGCAAAGAGUUUGAGAUUCACUUGCAGAUCGGUGAAUCAUUAGUCUUAUGUGUAGAAGGAAUUAACUCUAACGAGAAUAGAGACCUAUGGACAGAAUUGCCCAAAGAGGGUCCUGAUAAAGUUACAAAUAAAGAAGCACAAAAAGAAAAUGAUGAUUUACUCGAGUGGUUGCUUCAAGAGCUAUUCAAAAUCGGGAAACAGCCACAUCCACACUCCAGACAAGCAACAAGUAUAUGGCUAUUAGCACUCUUGAAGAAUUGCCCUGAACGUGUCCCCAUAAAGAAUAAGUUGCAAGAACUACAAAACGUUUUUAUGGAUUACCUUUCGGAAAAUAGCGAGAUAGUACAAGAUGUGGCCAGUAAAGGUCUGAGCCUUGUGUAUCAGAACUCAGAUGAGAGUCAGAAGCAAGCUCUGGUCUCUCAGAUCAUAGACCAGUUGACGAGCGGUAAGCGUGCCGUCACACAAGUCACAGAGGAUACCAAGAUAUUUGAAGAGGGUCAACUGGGGAAAGCGCCCACUGGCGGGAAUCUUUCUACAUACAAGGAAUUAUGUUCACUGGCUUCGGAUUUGAAUCAACCAGACCUGCUGUAUAAAUUUAUGCACUUAGCGCAUCAUAAUUCUGUAUGGAACUCGAAAAAAGGCGCGGCAUUUGGGUUCCAGUCGAUCGCACGCAGCGCGGGUGCGGCGCUUGCACCGCAGCUGGGUCGCAUCGUGCCGCGCCUUUUCCGCUAUCGGUUCGAUCCCACGCCGCGCAUACAGAACUCCAUGGCCGCCAUCUGGCAUGCUCUCGUGCCUAACACUCACGCCACGGUGCAAAAAUAUCAUAAAGAAAUUCUGGAUGACUUGGUAGCGAACUUAACAAGCAAUCAGUGGCGCGUGAGGAUGUCCUGUUGUAAUGCUCUCGCUGAUUUGCUGAGAGGCGCGGCGAGCCUGCAGCCAUCUCUGCCGCUGCUGCCGAAGGUGUGGGCGCAACUGUUCCGCGUCAUGGACGACGUGCACGAGGGCACCCGCAACGCUGCCACCUCCACCGCACAAGUGCUCUCUAAGAUAUGUAUACGUGCAUCGGACGUGAAUCAAGGCAAGGACGGCAAGCAGGUGGUGUCAGUGAUACUGCCCGUACUGCUAGAUAACGGUAUCACCAAUCUUGUGAAAGAAGUCCGCAGUGUUAGUUUACAAACAGUAUCGAAACUAGUGACGGCAGCGGGUGAUAGCCUGAAACCAUUUCUGUGCAAGUUGAUACCGGCAUUAGUUGGCGCGGCUGGUGAUCUAGAGUCAGCCAAGUUGUCCUACCUCAGCACUGCGCUGGCAGACAACGACUCGCGCGAGUUACUUGACGACAUGCGUGCCGCCGCUGCUAGACAACACUACACCACAGAUACUGUAGUCAAGUGUAUGCCUUACGUCGACAUCGACGUAUUAAAAGAGACGCUACCGAAAAUGUUGGAGCUCAUGAAGUCUCCACAACUUGGUACGAAGGUCGCGUGUUGUCAUUUCGUAGUCCUCGCGGCGCAUUAUCUGAGGGCGGACCUGGAACCAGUAGCUGGAAAGAUCAUGUCCAAUCUGUUGAAUGGCACCUUUGAUAGAAACGCCACAGUUAGGAAGAAUUACGCUGAGGCUCUUGGGCAAGUGGCCGCUUAUGCGAAGCCACAAUCAGCCGAAAAGUUAAUGAAGAAAUUAGUUAAUUUAUAUGAAACAAAAGAAGAUGACAUGUCGCGAUCGGCUAUCGCUCUUACGCUGAAGUCUGUGGCGAAGGCUAAGAUAGAACAUAUUAAGGAUAACGAAGAAAUAUUGGCGCCUAUGGUGUUUUUGGCAAUGCAUGGACCUAAAGAUGAGGAUUCAUCAACGGUGGAAAUGUACGAAGAGAUAUGGACGGACAUAAGCCCGACGCGAGAGAGCGGCAUCCGACAACAUCUGGCCGCGAUACGACUCGAGAUAGAGAACUCUCUCAACUCCAGUAGCUGGACGAAGAAGAUCCAGGGGGCGAACGCGAUAAUAACAGUGAGUAAAGAAUCCUCAGCUGGUCUGGGCGAACAACGAUCGCCGCUACUUCGGUCUCUACUGGCCGCCGCUCACGGGAAGACCUUCGCCGGAAAAGAACAUCUACUACGAGCUCUCGCACAACUCUGCCUGGUAAAGGAUGGCGAGGCUCCCAUCCCGGCUUCGCUAGUAGCAGACUGUCUGAAUGCGUUGGUGGUGGAAUGUCGUAAACAAGAGAUGGUAUACAAAAGGCACGCAAUAGCAGCGCUGGGUGAUGCUCUAGCGGCAACAAGCACUGACCGAUUCAAUCAGGUCUACGAGAUCGUGAAGGUUAUAUUGUCCAAGGAUGAAUCGUCAGUUGGUAAAGAAUCAGAUGAAGAGGACAAUGAAGGAGCGAGACAAAGAAGAGAACAAUUGACCGCAUUGAAAGAAGCGGCUUAUGAACUCUUAGGCAAAGCAUGGCCAAAAGAUCAGGAGACGCAAGAUAAAUAUCAAGAUGUAUUCUUCGAGCACUGCGCACAGUCGUACUCUACAAGUUCCCGGUCGACCCAGCUGGCCAUCUUGACAUCUAUCACGCGGGUGUUGGAGAGGCUCACCAUACUCAGUGCAGAUGAACCUAUGGAGACCGAUAACGUGACCACAAACAAUAGGGACAAAUCCAUAGCUAACGUCACGGAGCAUGUUUCUUUCAUUAUUGAUUACACAUUGAAAAACAGCAAUCAAGUAAGGCAUCGGAGAGAUGCUCUGAAUAUAAUGGAAAUACUAAUAAAACCAUUAAAAGAUUUAAACAAAACAACAGAAUUAAAUAAACUAAAAGACAUAUACCAGUGUUAUGCUCAAGAUCUGUCAAAGGAUUCAUCACACGAAAUAAGAACCAAAGUUGAUAGUAUCAAAGUUCAUUUUAAGUAGAAAAUGAUUAUUUAUUCGCAAUGCAGUCGGACUAAUAAUAAAAAAAUAUAUAUUAAAAUGGGUUUCAUUAUAUUUUUGUGCUAUUCUGAGCACAGCCGUGUUUAAUUAUAUGAAAUUCAGCUAUAUGCUCCAGUCCAGUAUUUAAUGUCUAUUUUUAUAUAACAAUGCCACUCAGCUACUGUGUAAUGAAUAUAGACAACAGGUAAAAUGAAUAAAACAUACAAAUGUAAUAUAUUAUCACAAUAUUUUAAUGUAGCAAUUAAAAUAAAUUUAAACUAUGGAAUGAAGUAAAGUAUGUAUAUAUAAAGUAUUUUUUUAUAAGCAAUAACCAACCUACUACCACACUUAUACAUUUCCCCACUGAGAACAAAAUGUUAAGUUUGUGUUACCUGUAUACUUACACAUGUGUUGUGAAAGUAUACAGUAUUUUUAUUUGUAUUUAGAAAGUAUACAAUAUUUC